UGCUUUAUUAAAAAUAGUAUAAGCCGGCAGCCCUCGGAGAUCCCGUGGAUCUGUGUCUUGCUUCAACAGUGCUUGAGCAGAACAGACCCAGGGCCUCUCUUUGUUAGCUUCCACCGCUCCUCAUCCUCUGCAGUCGCAGCCUCUGGGACCAUCUUCUGGCCGCCUUCAGCUCCCAGGACCAGCCAGCACCGUCUCUUUGCCGGUGGCUCCAGACUGAGUCUCAGCCAUGACCUCCCAGAAGCUGCCGUGAACCGCCUGGUCAACCUGCACCUGCGGGCCUCCUACACCGACCUCUCUCUGGGCUACUAUUUCGAUCCGGAUGAUGCGGUUCUGGAGGGUGUAGGCCACUUCCUCAAAUUGGCUGAGAAGCGCGAGGGUGCUGAGCGUCUCUUCAAGUUGCAGAACGAUCGCGGAGGCCGUGCACUCUUUCAGGAUGUGCAGAAGCCCUCUCAAGAUGAGUGGGGUAAAACCCAGGAGGUCAUGGAAGCUGCCCUGGCCUUGGAGAAGAACUUGAACCAGGCCCUCUUGGAUCUUCAUUCCCGGGGCUCUGCCCGCACAGAUCCUCAUCUCUGUGACUUCCUCGAAAACCACUUCCUGGAUGAGGAGGUGAAGGUCAACAAGAAGAUGGGCAACCACCUGGCCAACCUCCGCAGGUUGGCUGCUGAGCCCCAGGCGUCUCUGAGCCAGUACCUCUUUGAGCAGCUCACUCUCAAGCAUGACUAGGAGGCCUCUGCCUCAGAGGGGCUCCCACCUCUGCUCUGCACCAGCCGGCUCAGGACCUUCACCCGAACCUCUCAAGAAGUCACUAGGCAGCUUUGCAACGCCCUGGAGCCCCUCUCAAGUCUUGGACCAAGUAAAAAUAAAGCCUUUUGAAACAGCAAGAACAACAACAAUAAUAAAAUAGUAUAAACCUGGUGCGGUGGUGGUGCACACCUUUAAUCCCAGCACUGAGGAGGCAGGGCAGAUCUCUGUGUGUUUGAGGUCAGCCCUGAUCUACAAAACGAGUUCCAGGAUAGCUAUGGUUCUGUUACACAGAGAAAUCCUCUCUCUCUCUCUCUCUCUCUCUCUCUCUCUCUCUCUCUCUCUCUCUUUUUAAAAGAAAAGAAAAAGAAAGGAAGGAAGAAAAGAAGGAGGGAAGGAAGGAAGGGAGCAUAAAAGUGAAUAACCUCUAUAACAUCGGCUCUGGAUACAGCAGCCCCUUCCUCCCAUCCCCUCACCUGCGACUGAGAAAUUCAGAAACUUAGGACAGGAUGGCCUUCCUGGAAGCUCACACACAGCUUUCUCUCUGGUGUGGCCAGACUCAGACCCGAGCAGAUGGAGGAGCCCCACCUGCUCCCACAGAGCAGCCAAAGCCUUUCCUAGGCUGGGUAGACAUCUGUUCAGACUGGUUUGCAGCUUAUGGAAGUCCCAGGGUCCCCCAGAGGGAUACAGGGUUUUGGCAAUUUGGAAACCAUUAUUGAGUUUGACGAUGCACCACCGUGAAGGAAAAAUUCCUUCACAAGAAGUGGAGCGCCACUGAGACACCAGGCGGCAGGGAGAAGUGUCAUCGUAUAACACUCGCUCACGGGGCUGUGCUCGUGACUGACUACCUGACAAGGACGGUUAAUAGCAGAAGGAUUUAUUUGGGCUCAUGGCUUGGUGACGUGGGCCGUUGUAACAGGAAAGGCGUGGUGCUAGGCUCACUGCUGGGUUCAGCAGGAGACACGGAAAGCGGUGAGUGAGACUCCCACUUCGCUCUGCACCUUUUAAUUUUUAUUUAGAAACUUUUAUUUAUUUAUUUAUUUUUGAGGCAAAGUUUCUCUGUGUAACAGCGCUGGCUGUCCUGGAACUAGCUCUGUAGAUCAGGCUGACCUCGAAAUCACAGAGUUCUGCCUGCCUCUGCCUCCCAAGUGCUGGGGUUAAAGGUGUGUGCCACCGCCUGGCUUUUAUUACGUGUGUGUGUGUGUGUGUGUGUGUGUGUGUGUGUGUGUGUAUACAUUCAUGCAUGUGCCAUGGUGCAUUUUUUAGGUUUAAAUGACUUGUAGAAUUAUUUCUCUUCUACCACAUGGGCCCCAAGGACUGAAGUCAGGUUGCUAGGUUAACCAAGCCUUUCUGCACUGACUUUGCUGCCCAGCGCCCUUUACUCAGCCUGUGGGAUGGCGCCACUCCCAUUCAGGGUGAGUGAAGACUGCCUCAAAGAUACGGCACAAAUGUCAUCCCUGACUGUCUUAGUCACCUUUCUAUGGCUGUGAUAAGAUACCACAGCCAAGACAACUUCCAGAAGAAAGUGUUUUUUGAGGGUUUGCUUACAGUUUCAGAGGGUUGGAGUCCAUAACCAGCAUGUUGGGGGCAAGGGAGUAGCUGGCAGGCAUGGCGUUUGCCCAGCGAGCUUGCAGAUCAUUCGACCUAGUUUGGAGAAAAGAGUUGGGGAGUUCCCCAGAGGUUAAAUAAGGUUCUUCAGAGCCUAUCAUAUUCUAAGGCUCUUGCUUAUGUUGCUGGAUAAUUAAAUGACACAUGGGGUAAUGCUGCCCCCUCCUGGACUGUCUGGCACAUAACUGACAAUUUUUUUUGUCCCCCAGACAAUAGACUUGUUUUCUCUGAGCUCGUUGCCCAACCAAUACCUGUGGAACUAUUUGGAAACGAAUUUUUGCAAAGAAAUUGACUCUGUGUGGAAGGUCUUUGAUUACUGCUGUGACCGCUUGGCAAGUUAUGACUCUACAGAGUUUCUAUGUCAUUGUGCUUGGCAGAGGUUGGGUGUGUAUCCCCCUCAGAUUCUUCAGUCACUCCCAGUCACCCCAACCCCUCUUUCCUGUGGAGUCAUCAGUAAUACCUCACCUCGAUUCUGAUGGCAGCAGUCUGAGGCUUCUUUCUUGUGCUAAUGAAUCUGGCUAAAGGUUGAGCUAUUUCUUUUCAACAGUAAGCCUCCAGUUCCUUGGAGGGUCUCUGUUGUUCUCUGUUUUAGUGACCCCUGCCCAAACAUUUCUUAUUCCCUCCCUCCUGCUAGCUUCCAGUUCAAUUUAUGCUUUUUUAAUGAUUUCAUAGGUUAUAAAGUUAACUUGUGAAUUUUAAAUCUUUCCUGGUUUCUUAAUAAAAACAUGUUGGGACAUAAAUUUCUGCUUUUACUGUAUCACAUAAAUGUUGGCACAGUGUAGUACGUCUGGCACUGUAAGCAUUUUAUUAUGUUUGUGCAAUUCUUCUAGAUUUAAGUUCUUUGCAGGAGGUGAGAAAGUUGUUUUUUUCUUUUCUGAAGCAGGAUCUUCCUAGGUAUCCCAAGUUGGCAUUAAACUCAUGGUCCUCCAUCACCUGCCUCAUGACUGAUGUCACAAAUCUGUCUGUUACUCAAGAGUGUCUUGCCAGGGAUAGUGGCACAUACCUACAGUCCCAGCGCUCAAGAGGCUGAGUCAGGAAGAUUCAGGUUUAACAUCCAUCUUGGCUACAUAGCAAAACCAUGUCUCCAAAAAAUAAAUAAAAGUAAAUAAGUAAAUAACCAGCAAAACAACAACAAAACCAGAAACAGCCACCAAGAGUGUCUUGGUUCAUUUAGCGGCAGCAAAAUGUGAGACUAAUCAAAUUACACAACUCAACUUUAUUUAUCACAGUUCUCGGGGCUGAGGUUUUGGUAGCUGGUGAAGGUCUGUAAGUUUCUUUGUAGUUUCCAAGAUGGCCUUGCUACCUCCUCCGGCUGGAAGGAGCACUGUGUCCUUAGGUGGUGGGAGAAGCUGAUUGUGCCUCCCAGGGUCUUACUAAAGUCCCCACCUAUUAACACUACCAUAUUGGGGUGGGAAGAUGUAAUGGUUACAUAGCCAGUUCUAGAGCAGCCAGGACUACAUAGUGAGACCCUGUCUCAAAAGCAAAACGAAUAGGUAAAUAAAUAAAUAAAACCCACACUUAGAAGGGGGAAUGUAGCUCAGUUGAAAAGUGCGUGCCUAGGGGCUGGAGAGAUGGCUCAGUGGUUAAGAGCAUUGCCUGCUUUUCCAAAGGUCCUGAGUUCAAUUCCCGGCAACCACAUGGUGGCUCACAACCAUCUGUAAUGGAGUUUGGUGCCCUCUUCUGGCCUGCAGA